GGUCCUUUCCGGUGUUGACGUUACUAGCGCCAGCUGUCAGUGGAAGCUAGCAACACUAUGCUAUCGCUCCUAGCGCGUUAUUUAGAGGAUUUUUAAUGAUUAUUUUUACACUUUCCAGUAUUAAUCGUAAUCAUCGCUAGCACUGAAUUUAAACUAACUAACUAAACAGAUGUACAAAUAUUUUUUUUGCGUAUUUUGUGUUGAUCUGUGCUCAGAGUUGAGGUUAGCUGUAGCUAAGCUAGCUUGUUGUUAGCUGCGGACCGAUCUGGUGCAGACAGGUUUUGCACUGCAGACACAGCUUCUCUUGUUUGGGAAGUCAUUGUUCACGGGCAGGAAAGUUGAGUUUUAUAUAUAAGGACUGUAAAGAACCAUGCAGCUUUAUUACAAAGCUGAUGAUAUACUGCAAACAUGCAAUGCUUUAAAUGAUCCUUUCGCAGCAUUAUGAAUUUAAACCAGUAACGUUGGAUCAGUAACAUAGUAAUUAGACUUUAAGUCACCCGAAUGCAUUUUAUCUUAAAUCCAUCUUAGCUGUUGUAUUGUAAAAGGUGUAUUUACCAAUCGCGUGGUAUAACAACUGUGUUUAUUUGAGGUGAUCGUUUGUUUGAAUCAGCAAACAUGGACAAGAAAUCAUUUGAUAUAGUCUUGGAUGAGAUAAGAAAGUGCGUCCUGACCGAUCAGCGGAUCAAAGCCAUAGAGCAGGUGCAUGGAUACUUCUCCAGUGAGCAGGUGAUGGAGAUACUGAAGUACUUCUCAUGGGCAGAGCCGCAGAUCAAAGCAGUAAAAGCUCUGCAGCAUAAAAUGGUUGCAAUCCCGACAACCAAAGUUGCAAAUAUCCUAAAUUGCUUCACCUUCUCAAAGGAUAGACUGGUUGUCCUGGAACUAAUAGCUUUGAACAUUUCAGAUGCUCAAAAUUAUCGUCCUGUUGAGGAUCUGUUUCGCAUACACUUGUCUGAGAAGAAGCGGGCUCGCCGGAUACUGGAGCAAGUAUGUAAGGUUGGCUGCAAGGCUCCUGUAGCCAUGAUCUCCUCCUGUGGUAUGAUACCAGGAAAUCCAUACCCUAAAGGCAGACCCAGCCUGGUCAGUGGCACAUUCCCUGGAAUCCCUCCAGUAAAGAAAGAAAAUGAGAAGAAAGAGGACAAUUCCAACAAUCACGAGGGGAAAGGCAUUUCUGCUCGUAUUAUUGGACCUUUCAAACCUUUUCCCUCAACCUACAACCCUCACCGGCCUGUGCCCUACCCUAUACCACCGUGCAGACCCCACGCCACCAUCGCACCAAGUGCGUACAACAACGCAGGCCUUGUUUCUGUGGGAGGGGUUAUAACCAGCAGCGUGCCCCCUCCCCCCUACAACUCCACCCACAAAGUAGCAGGUUACGCCAAACCAGGCAAUCCGCUGCACACCACACCUGGAGUCAACAGCGGGCCCCUCCUCAUUCCUCACGGUUCCACGCCUUCUACCCCCAUCCCACCUCAGGCUUCUCCUUCUCAGCCAACUCCCACAACCCCUAUCACACCAGUUUUCCCAGGCAUGGUGCCCUCUCACAACCCUAAUGCCCCGUCUCCCUCCCCUGUUCUAUCCCCGUCUGUGAUCAAAGCAGGUCCACAGACCCCCAGUGGCCACACUACACCUACACCCUCCUCUGUCAUUAGAGCCCACACCCCUUCAGGCACCCCUUGUGGAACUCCUGUCCCGGGCAGCGGGGGCUUCUCCCCUUCACCCUUCCAUUCCAUUUCCCGACCGGGCACCCCUGCUACCUCCCGCAGCGGCCCAGACCCCUUAUCUCAGACGAACUCCAUGGGCUCAACUCAGCAGAGGAGUUUUUCGCAGUCCGCAGACCACCAGUCAGGACCCACACACCAUGGCAUACACCCACAAGCAGGUAACCCCUCUGGGUCAGUGAUCCGAAGCUACACCCCCUCUGGACCAUCCACUCCAGUUAUUCCGAGCUGUUCCACCCCGGGCCUCAGUCCCAAACCCUCCCCAGCUCACGUCGCACAGAUCCAGGCCGCCAUGGCCGCGGCUGGAGUCCUGAACAGACACACUGGAGGUAGUAACAGUGGCAGUAACAGCCCCGUGCCCUCUGCUUUCAAGGGCACCUCUCGCUCUGGCACGCCGUCUGUUAGCUCUCUUAUGGUACAAGGUUCUGCCCAGGCUGCCCUGGCACGUUCCUUGGGUCUGUCACACCCCUCUGGUUCUCCUCAAGUCUCUCUCUCUAGUCCCGUUGCUCUCUCCGGCUUCCAAGCUCUGUCCUCCAGCCCAGCGCCCUCUCACUACCCCGGCCUGUCCCCUUUCUCCUCCCUUACGUCCUCUCUCCCUGCUUCCUCCAUGUCUUCAUCCAUGCCUCCCACUACCAACAUGUCUACCCAUCCACCAACCUCCAUGUACGCAGGCCUGGCUCCCAGCGGUGGCCCCGGUGGAGCCUCACCGUUCGGUCUGGGCCUCACCUCUGCCGCCUCUAUGUUCCCAGGCCUUCCGCCUGGCGCUAACCCCGCCACCUUCCCAGGGUUGGGGGUUUCAGGAGGACACGGCGCGGGGAGCCCCGUGUUGUCUUCAUUCAUGGGACUUGCAGGAGCCUCUUCGUCUUCAGUAGCAUCGGUGGCACCACUGCAGGCCGCAGCAGCCGCAGCAGCAGCCGCAGCUGGAAUUCCAUCAUCAUCGCCGGUUUUACCAGGCUUUGCGUCUGCUUUCAGCUCCAACUUCCAGCCUGGGUUGAGCAGUGGACUCCAGCCUCCAGGAAGCAGCGGGUUCCCCGGCUUGCUGUCCUUCCCGGGGGUACCAGGCUUCUCUCCCUCUGCCUCUCCUGCUACCCUCAGUGGCCUCCACAACCAAGCCAUGCAGUCUGCCCUGCUGCAGGCUCAUCCAAAUUCUGGUUUGGAGGGCUUUCCUCCUCAGCCCAACAGCUUCACCAACUACCCUCAAGGCCCAGGAAACCCCUUCCCCCUGCAGCCAGGCCUGCACCCCACGUUGGGUUGGCAGUGAAACCCCACAAUACACUUUGAAACACGCCGGCCCCUAUCGUACACCCUGCCCUGCACCCUGAGCAGUUGACACGUUUUUAUUUUUUUGGCCUUGAACCGUGAAGAGCACUGGGCAGAUUAGAGAGGUUCAAUAAUGUGUAUGUUACAACCAGAAUCACUUAUACUACUACUACUACUACAGGAAACACUAUCAUGAAAACAGUUGAAAUAGUAUGUUGGGGGAGAUUUCCUAUAGUAUUCAUAGUGUAAAUAUCAGUUGUUAGGUUUUACAAGUAGACAGGUUUUAAUGUUAGCUGGACUUGGCUGUUUUUAAUCAAGUUUAUCAACAUUUAUUAGUGAAUAAUGAAUUAUAGAAAUGAAAUUGAAAAAUGUACAUGAUAUCAUGUAAUGAAUGGACAGUAUCCUCAUGUAGUAUUUCAUGUCCAGUCUCAGUGGAAAGGACAAGUGUAUGAUAACUGAUUGUCCUGAAUUGAAUAAUGUAUGACAUUUUUAGUUGACUUAUGGCAUAUUGAGCCGAAUGACGCAGUCAUAAUUAUGAAGUGGGCACACCAUAAAUAUUUUUUAAUCCUUGUGCUGUGUGAAGGGGGGGAGCGUCGUACACAACAUCUGCCAGUUCCACUCACGUUUGUGUUAUUUUCAGUGAACACACACUCGUGGCUGUCAGCAGUUUACUGUGAUUUCAUAUGUUUACAAAGUUUGUUUGACAGACGUCACCCUGUUAGUGCUAUUAUUCCAGUAUUUGGCCAGAUAUACUGUAUGCAAAUGUUUCUGAGAACAAGCAUUAUGUUGAUUGAUGUAUGGACUCGAGAUAUAAAACAUCUGUAUUCUUCAGUAAUGCUUUGCAACAUAGUGAGAACUGUAAUUUUACCUCAUUUACUGUACACCUCAGUACACUCAGACACGUUGUUUGUUGCCCUGUGUUGUUUUUUGUCUCCUUUUUUUUUGUAUUUGAACCUGUUUUAUUGUUUUGUCAGUAAACUGCUGGUUGCUGUAGCUGUUGCUGUAUCUCUAUUCUGUGCAUUUCAUGAAAGCCCCUUAAAUAGAAUAACUAAAUAAUGUUUAGAUAAAUCAUGACAGCUAGACUUGCAGGUCCUAUAGUUGAAUGCCAGCUGUUUAUUUACUUUUAAAGAGGUGUAACAAUCAUCACCUAUUUAUGUGACUUUUUAAUAAAAUAUCAAAAGAGGUUGAAAAGUCUGAUAGAUUGCAAGUGCUCUAGGCUAAAAAAAAAAGAAAAAGCUAAUGUGGUAAAGGAACAUCCUUGUGGACAUAUUUUAUUGUAUCCGCAAAGUUAAGGUCAAAGUGUCUUGGUCAGAAAAAUCCUCUAUUAAGAGGAUAGUUAUUAAUUGUUAUUAUUGCAAAAUACAGCCUCAAAAGUGACCAGAUAACUGAAUAUGUACUUAUGGAUGUGACAUAUACCUUAAUUGAUAUGCAAUUAUUCUGUUUUCUGUUAUUUUAUCCAACCAUCAGUAUUAUAACCAUUUUACGGCCUACUUACAGUUCAUUUAUGGCUCUGCACGGUGCUUAUCAUGAGCAUCCGUAGUAUUGCUCAACACACAAGUGAUGCUAUCAGUCAGCUGACAAUUUGUCAUGACUCUCCAACACCCAGUCAUGGGAUCUCACUGGAGCAUUACCAAUUUUUUUUUCCAUUCAUACCUUGACCACUGAUAUCUCUUUAACCAAACCUACUGAAUUAACAUCAUUUUAUUAACUCUGGAUAUUAAAAACAUAUUCUUAAAAG